AUGUUCCAACUGCCGUAUAACUCAACGCUCCUGCAGCUCAAACGGCCUCAUUGUCUUGUGUUCACCACAGUGUUUUCUGAUGAUACCACCCGACUAGUGAAAUCUCAGGGACAAAACACUAAUGUCGACGUUCCUAUCAAUAGUGAGAAAAAGAUUGAUCUAAUCGAAGAACGCCUUUCGAAUAUCGAGGAGCUGCUUCGGAGCCUCAGCAACAACGCUCCCGGCGUGGCUACUCAUUCGUGGGACGCUACUAGGGCAAGACAUACGACCCCCUCGGCCUCAACGAUCGGGGAUGCCUCAGUUCUAUCCCAUGACGGCGCAGACUCGGAUUCAGCCUUUGAGGGCGAUCCUUCGUUGACCGCCCAUACCAUGUUCGCCAGCGAUUUCAUCGAAGACGCUGUGCAGAGAACCUCGCUCCAGGACGUGGCGCCCAAUAUGCAAGCGGCUCUUUCUUCUCUACGGCAGAUUGUUGCUAUGCAGAGCAAGGCUUCUUCGAAUAGAGAAUUCCGGUUCCGCGCGCAACAACCGCUUCCUCCGGGAGGCCUGUCCGACUUGCCCAUGCCGCCUAUGAACGCAGUUGUUGCCUUGCUCAAGCAUAUGAAAGUUUCUCCUCCCAGCAUCUUCUCGCUCGCAUGCUCCUUCCUCGACGUUGACGACCUGGCUGAGCUUUGCAGAAGAGUGUAUUUCUGCACCGACAACUUCGCCGAUACCACCUUCAUCAUAGUGAAUGGCGCGCUCUUCUACUUAUUCAUGGAACAGGCGUACCUAGCAUCGGAUGCGACUGCGCGCGAGGAGUUCGAGAGGUAUCAACACAUGUGUCAGAAUAAUCUGGAAAUGGCGCUAGCUUCCUUGCCUUUGAUGCUGCCUGCCAAGAUUGAGAGCAUCGAAGCUUUGCUUCUAGCGGCCGUUUAUGCUGUGGAUGUUUCGAAACCAUCCCUUGCGUGGCUUUUCACAUCGACCGCUGCAAGCCUGUGUCAGACACUUGGCUACCACCGUGUCUCGCAAGUUAGGAGCGAGAGCGCCGGGCCCAGGGACAUCAAGACCCUUUUAUUUUGGCACGUAUACAUGCUCGACAAAACCUUAUCCUUGAGAACGGGGAGGGCAUCGGUCAUCCAGGACUGGGACAUCACCUUGCCGCGGCAAGUCGACAAUACCAUGGUUGCGGAUCCCUGGGGUCUUAUCAUAACGACGUGGAUCAAGCAGGCUGAGAUCCAACACCGCAUUUAUGAACAACUAUAUAGCCCGCUUGCACUGGGACAGUCGCAAGAAGAGCGCAUCGAAAGCGUGCGGCGCCUGGAAAGUGAACAAAAGACGAUCAUGGCGGCCGCGUCGCAUGUGCGGGAGCAAGCUCUCUUCGGCCUCAAGGCUCUCAACGCGUCGUCCAUUCUGGCCAUACACCUGCGAGGCGACGAACUGACGUUUCAGUCCACAUUAACUCUCAUCUAUAGGGCAUUGCCAGCGCCUGAAGGUUCGCCUACACGAUUUACUCAGGAAUGUAUAGACACGGCACGAUUUGCCAUGCAGCUGCACCUUGAAUGCAUGCAAGGGAUUGCCGAGGAAGGGCGACAUCUCAAAGCAGUCUAUAUUCACUGGGCCAUCCUCCUCACACCCUUCACACCCUUCUUCGUCCUUUUCUGUCAUGUGAUCGACACUUCCAGUGCUGACGACCUGAAGAAGCUAAAUGAUUUCGUUGCUUCCCUUCGACCUGCAUGCGCCAUGUCAGAGCCGGUGGAGAAGCUUCACCAGCUCUGUUUGAUGCUGUGUAACGUGGCAACUCUUUAUGUGGAGAGCAAGUCGCAGCAAUCAAAUGAACGUGGUCCCAUCAACGACGAGUUCGAUGUCUAUCUUAGUGCGCUAGGGUUCCCGCCCACGGAAUAUCCUGCUCCGGGUAUGGAUACCAGCGAAAUGUCGCAGCCUACUAUUCAGACUGCUCAACUAGGCAACUGGUUCUCGGGUAGUCAGUACAUGAUGGGGUUGCUUGAAGAAGACCUAUCCCAAUUCAAUUAA